GAUAGACGCCAUGGCUGACGGCGUUCAAGGGGACCAGUCUUGGCGUACGCAGCCUUUUCGCCAGAAUGUUCAGAGUAAAAUCGAGGAAGCCAUUCGGCAGGCGUCAAAUCCUACUUUCAGAAGUGCUGCAGAGAUGGAAAACCACGUUUUCCAGAAAGCCCGAUCCAAAGAUGAAUAUCUCUCGUUCGUCGCCAGGCUGAUCAUCCAUGUCCGCGAAAUGAACUCUAAGAAGGCUGCCCAGUCCAACAUGCCGCCGAACGGUGGUGUGAUGGGCCAGCCCCAGCAGGCCCCAACUCCUCAAGCUCAACCCCAGUCUAUACCUGGUGGUGGAGUAGCCACAGAUCCCAUGAUGGCCCUGCGGUCCAUGGCCACACAAGGUGGAGGUCCACCUGGGGGUCCCAUCAUGGAUGCUGGAGGGGGACAACAGCCACAGGGUCCACCCCCUGGAUCAACGCCAGGAGGCUUGAACCCACUGGCCAUGCAGCAGCCCAGGUUGAUGCAGGUGAGCAGCAUGAUGAUGGCUUCUCAGUCGCAGCAGGGUCAACUGCAGGGGCAGUUGCAAGGGCAGCUGCAGGGACAACUGCAGGGUCAACUGCAGGGUCAACUGCAAGGCCAGUUGCAAGGGCCCUUGCAGGGCCCACUACCUGGUCAGCUGCAAGCUCCACUACAAAGCCAGCUUCAAGGACCACUUCAAGGGCAGCUUCAGGGCCAGCUUCAGGGACAACUGCAAGGCCAAUUACAGGGCCAGCUGCAUAGCCAGCUGCAGGGGCAAAUGAGACCUCAGCAAGGACAGAUGAUGAACAACUGUGUGCCUAUUACCAUGCAGAAGUUGAGGCCCCAAGUUCAAGUUCCCAACGUCUCUGUUUCUGCUCAGCAGCCUAGUCCUGUGGGAGCCCAGUUUCAGGCACAAUCUCAGGCUUCCUCUGUUGUGCCUCAGCUGUCUGGUCAGGUCCCAGUCAGUUCAGCCGUUCCUAAUCAAGGUCCAGCAAGUAACCAGACAGCUGUACCAUCCCCUGUUGGCGUCUCAUCUAUGCCUAACAGUGUGCCUAGCCAAAUGGUGCAGUCGCCUGCGGGAGGUUAUGCGCCCAGUCCUUCGUCACAGGUUGUCCCCUCUCCGGUGGGCAGCUUUAUGGGGCGCACGCCUGGCACAGUGGGUGCACCAUCUCCAGGGAGCGCACUCAGUACACCUGGUAACAUAGGGGCCACCCCGAGUCCCGCUGCAGUGUCCGUACGGUCGCAGAGCGACGAUCAGGCGUACCUCGAAAAGCUGAAGUACCUGUCCAAGUACAUCGAUCCACUGCGUAGGAUAAUAGCGCACAUCGACAAAGAUGAAGAUCGUAAGAAGGAGCUGAGCAAGAUGAAAAAUUUGCUCGACAUCCUGUCGGACCCAAAUAAAAGAUGCUCCAUGGAAACUCUCCUCAAAUGUCAGCAAGUCUUGGAGAGAAUGGACCUGAAAGUGAAAUCUGCGGAGGGCUUUGUUGGAUGUCAGGGAGUAACAUCUGGUGUACGACUUCAAGAGCACAAUGUCUGCCAGCCUCUGUUGGAUGCCAUAGCGAGCCACAUAAAGUCCCCUAUGCUGAACCACACACUGCACAGAGUGUUUGGCCCCGCCAUCACUACACUUCUAGGUCCCUCACCAAGGGCCUCGAGUCCACCCCCAAAGCGUAGACGAGGGUAUGAAGAGUCCAGUGAAAUCCCUGAUAUCCUCCAAGGAGAGAUUGCCCAUCUAGAUCAACGCUUCAAGGUUCAGCUGGAUCCCACACAACCAACAGGGUCUCGCACAGUGCACCUCAUCUGUCAGCUUGACGACAAGAACUUGCCUUGCGUACCUCCAAUAAUGGUCGCUGUACCUGAAAACUACCCAAGUCGGCCUCCGCAAUGCAAUGCAAGCAGGGAUCAAUACGAUUCAACCCAGUUCCUGAGAAGCAUCCUGAUGUCGCUCGACGUCCACUUGAACAAGAUGCCAGAGAAAUAUUCGGUUACAUCUCUUCUGGAUACUUGGGAAAUGUGUGUGCGGCAGGCAUGUUCCUUACCAGAAACAUCUGCGGUGGUAGUGAGAGACUAGGAGCUUGUACAUUUUAUUUGAAUAUGUUCACGUGAACAGCUGCUCUAGCAGGUCUCCGAGGCAUUGUUCGAAUGCAGUUGUUUUGUACAGCAUCACAGCAUUUUACGCAAGUUUUCACAUGUUGCUCGGCGUGGGAGUGAAAGUGUACAGGUUCCGAUGUGAUAAUGUUUGGGGUUACUACUGCUACAAAGAACCCCAGCUGUUGCUCAGAAUAAAAUGUUUAGUAUAUCA